UCAGUCCAGCCCACCGCCACAAUGCCUCACGCAACCGAAACCCUCACCAACGGCGACAAGACCUCUUCUUCGUCGCAGUUCAUCUCCCACCUCACCUCUCUCCCCGCCGUCAACGAUGGCAUCGAGACCUUCAAGUCCAAUCCCUACGGCAAGAAAUCCCUCGAAAUCGUCGACGGCGCCUACACCCGCAUCGGCAAGCCCGUCGAGCCAUACCUCCAGACACCCUACAGCUAUGCGAAGCCAUACGUGCAGAAAGCCGAUGAACUCGCCGACUCCGGUCUCUCUUGGGGCGAGAAGCAGUUUCCCAUCGUGAAGGAGGAUACACACACCAUCGUCGACACGGCCAAGGGAUACAUCUUCUUCCCCUACAGCUAUCUCUCCAAGACAUGGCAGGACGAGUACUCCAAAACCGCCCAACACCGCGGCGCCGGCCUCUCCACCACUGCCUUCGCCAUCAUCUCCACCGAACUCCGCAUCGCCUCCGACGUCGCCCAAAAGAUCGCCGAC